CUCCCAAGGCCCUUGAUUUCCUUUGGAGUUUGGGAGGAGAGACGUGAGGAGGAGGAGGAGGAGGAGGAGGGGGGGGGAGAGAGGCUGCCUUUCCCCGGGCCUUCGUCAGAGCGAAGCGGUCAGGAAGAGCCGCAGCCCGUCCACACCGGAGAGCAGCGAGGCACCGGGGCAGGAGCCGUGGGAUCGCACCCCUCCACAGCAGACGAGAUGGAGCAGCUCUUCCUCCUCUUCCUCCUGGGGUUCAUCACCAGCUCCUUGCAGAUUGAAGACAACAAGAUCCCUGGGCUGUGCUCAGGGCAGCCGGGCAUCCCGGGGACCCCGGGCCUGCAUGGGGGCCAGGGUCUGCCAGGCAGAGAUGGACGAGACGGCCGGGAUGGGAUGAUGGGGAUGCCGGGGGAGAAGGGCGAAAUGGGCCCUCCGGGAGUGCCCGGUCCCCGCGGGGACGUGGGCAGCCCCGGUGUGGACGGCAUGCACGGUGAGAAGGGGGCACAGGGCGAGUGUGCAGUGGCCCCCCGCUCAGCCUUCAGCGCCAAGCGCUCCGAGUCCCGCAGCCCUCCCUUGGCUGACCAGCCCAUCCGCUUUGACGUGGUGCUCAUCAACGAGCAGGGCCACUACGACCCCGCCACGGGCAAAUUCACCUGCGAGGUGCCGGGCCUCUACUACUUCGCCGUGCACGCCACGGUGUACCGCGCCAGCCUCCAGUUUGACAUCAUGAAGAACGGCCAGUCCAUCGCCUCCUUCUUCCAGUACUACGGGAACUGGCCCAAGCCCACCUCCCUCUCUGGGGGUGCCUUGGUCCGCCUGGAGCCUGAGGAUGAGGUGUGGGUGCAGGUUGGUGUCGGGGACUACAUCGGCUUCUACGCCAGCGUCAAGACGGACAGCACCUUCACCGGCUUCCUUGUCUAUUCCUACUGGCAAAACUCGGCUGUCUUUGCCUAAGCCUGCCCUUGGCUGGGGCCAGGACCUGGGUACCUGCCCCUUCCCCAGCCACUGGUGCCCUGGGGAGGGCAAUGCCGGGGUCCAGCCAUGGAGGAACCAGGACCGCUG